CCAUUUGUCUGAGCUGAGUCAUAGCAUAAUUGUGACGGUCGAUCUGCUAUACCACGGUUAAUUAACCGUAUGUAUGAGAUAACAUAACAUACUUGAAAGUUGAAACAAGCGAGGAUGGUUUUCGAAUGCCAAAGAGAUUCGUAUAAAACUGACUACACGACAAAAGUAGUUUCGUGUGAAGAAUGUGGGUCAAAUGAGUACGAGAUUGUAUUGCAAGACACAAUACUGUUUCCAGAAGGUGGUGGUCAACCAAGUGAUAAAGGGACAAUAAAUGAUAUUCCAGUGCUGCGUGUGGCCAGGCGUGGAGGAGUUGCUGUCCAUGUUAUAGGAACAGCUAUCCCUAAAGAUACUGUUGUUAAUCUAAAAGUCGACUGGACCAGACGUUUUGACCACAUGCAACAACAUUCAGGGCAACAUCUUGUGACAGCAAUUAUUGACAAGAACUAUGGUUACAAAACACUUUCAUGGGAGCUUGGUAAAGCAAAAACAGCAAUUGAUCUUGGCUGUUCUACUUUGACACCAGAACAACUGACAGAGAUAGAGGAAGAAUGCAAUAUGGCUAUAAGAAAUCACACCAACGUUACUGUGCAUGUUUAUGAAUCUGCUAAAGAUCCAGAAUUACAGCAAGUUCGAACUCGUGGUUUGCCAGAUGAUCACGUUGGCCAAGUUCGUGUUGUAGAGAUUGAAGGUCUUGAAAUGAACAUGUGUUGUGGUACACAUGUCCAAAAUUUGAGCGAUUUACAGAUGAUAAAACUUCUUUACACGGAGCCGACAAAAGGAUGUCUGCGCUUGUUUUUCUUGGCAGGAAAAAGGGUUUUAAAUUUUACUCAUAAAGCUUUGGACAACGAAAAGGGACUUACAAAAAUUUUGAGUUGUGGUCCCGAUGAACAUGUUGCAAUGGUUGAUAAACUACAGAAGUCUCUUAAAGCGGCCAAUAAGGUUAAUAGAUCGCAAUUGCGGGAGUUGGCAUUACUAGAAGCGUACAAGAUUAAAUCAAGCGAGAAAAAGGAACCAUAUGUUCGCAUUCACAGGGAUGAUGCUGAUAUGGAAUACAUGAACACGAUUGCAAACGAGCUCAAGGACCAGAAUAUCUUGUUGUUUGUCACUUGUGGAGCUCCUAAGGGUUCAGGACAAUUUCUGCUUGCUGGACCGGAGACCGCUGUUACAGAACUCGGAGCAAAGGUUGCUGGAUUGCUGGAAGGGAAAGGAGGGGGGAAGAAAGGCCGCUUUCAAGGAAAAGCAAAUAAUCUGUCGGGACGAAAACAUGCUGUAAAAUUAUUACAAGAAUAUACCUCGGUUUCUUAGUUAAGCUAUACUAUAGUUCUCAUAUCCUGUGAACUCUAAUACAGAUGUAAUGAUGGCUGGUGAUAAACACAUAGUUUUUAAAAUCAGCUAAUCGAUGUGGAUAUUUUAAGCAACAAAAACAACUGUCAUUCGACGAAAAAGCCCGGCAAAUUUUAUGUAAUUUAUAAUCUUGUA